AUGCCAAAUGAGGUCAUGGUGUCUUUUGAUGUCACGUCCCUCUUUAGUUCUAUCCUCUAUGAUCUGGCAGUCGAGACCGACCAGCUACUCCUACGGAGCAAAUACACUGAAAAGAAGAAUCGUUUCGGGCAUGCUCAAGUCCUUCAGCUCCUAAAGUUCUGUCUCAGGACGUACUUCACGUUUGACGGAACAACUUACGAGCAAGUGACGGGAACACCAAUGGGCUCGCCGAUUUCGGGAUUCAUCGCCGAAGCGCUCCUACAGCGGUUAAAGUCGCUGGUCUUCCAACACCACAGACCGAAAUUCUGGGCUCGGUAUGUGGACGAUGCCAUCGUCGUCAUCGAACGGGAUCAAGUGGUAAGGUUCAAAGAACGUCUCAACAGCGUCUUCCCGGACAUAAAAUUUACGAUGGAGGAGAAAGAAAAUAGCCAGCUGGCAUUCCUUGAUGUCCUCGUCUGUCGCAAAGAUUGUGGUGGCCUAAAGACCAAAGUGCUCAGAAAAGCGACAAACACGACGCAAAUACUGAACUUCAACAGUAACCACCCAAUCAGCCACAAACGCAGUUGCGUAAGAACGCUAUAUCGGCGUGUUGAGACGCACUGCCGAAUCCCAGUAACUUCAACGGGUUUUCAGAGAAAAUGGUUACCCGCGCAACUUCGUCAACCGGUGCAUGCGCAAACGAGAUCAGCGACAAAAUCGCGCCGACCCCAAAUUCUGGCGAGCGAUCCCGCACAUCAAGAACGUCUCCGAGGCCGUUAG